AUGGAUUCACGGGGUGACCAACGGCCGCCCCGCUCAGUUCGCCCACGACAGCAGUCACAACCAAGAUCACCUGCGCCUGCGUAUCCAGACCAGCAGCCCGUCUACUCUCGACCCCACUUGCAUCCCAACGACGGCUCAAGAAGCGGCGUUUCGUUCCAAAAUACGGAGCGGGGUGAUCGUCAAGGCCCACUCGACACCCAACGUAUGCGGUCGAUGCCAGCUGCCUAUCAACAUGCUCCUGGCGCUGAUUUAGAAGGCGCUGACGAUCCAUCAAAACUUUUCCGGAAGAAGAGCCUCGUCAGGCCUGAUCGCGAAAAAAUUGACCCCAACCAUAGGCAGUGGCAUUAUCGAAACCAUGUCGCUCAUUUGGGAGAGGGGGGUAGUUCAAGAGUGGGAGUUAUGCCAUCCACAACGGGCAAUUAUCCCCAUCUACGGCGAGGCCAGUCAUUGCUCGGUCGAGAGGAGGAUGUUCAUGAAUCAGGUCUCGCUCUAUUCAAGAAACACACUCUUCGUCGAAAGCGAAGUACUCCAACUCCACUCACGCCCCCCCUUGCAACGCCAGAAGCUAAGAAGAAAAGAGGCUGCUGGAAAGGGCCUGGUCCCGGCGGGCCAUGGAUGACUUACUGCCUCAUUAUUACAUGCCUGAUACCAGGGUUCCUGCUCAAGUCUUGCGGCAUCCACACUCCAGAGCAGCAGCGUGCAUGGCGAGAGAAAAUUGGUCUUCUCUCAAUCAUUCUAGUGUUGAUGGCCGGAGUGGGUUUCCUUACGUUCGGCUUCACUCAAGCUGUGUGUGGCAAGCCACCCAAUCGUUUUCACGGUGGUGCGAUUGGUGAUGAGUACAUUGGAAAUGGCUCUGUCGUCAUUCAUGGAAAUGCGUACGAUUUUUCGAAGUUCAAACACCCAGCUGCUGGCACGACUUUCAAUGGCUCAACAAACCCCCUCCUGACUGGUAAUUGGAACCUGGCUGGAAACGACGCUUCGUUUCUUUUCCAAAACGUCAAUCAGAACUGUUAUGGACAUAUCGCAAGGGCUUCGACCUCGAGUAUCACAGGUAACGGGCAAUUCCUGAACUGGUACUUCCCUUGUAACGUCUACAGCCAAUACGGAAGCAAAGGGGCCAACCUGACGGGUUAUGAGUCUUCAACCAGUUGUCAUAUCACCACAAAGUCGAGAUCUUUACUAGCGAAGAUGGUUCCCAUGGGCCAGGUUUAUUACACUUGGGAUGACGUUAAAAAUCCUAACCGUAAUCUUGCCGUCUUCGAAUCCUCUGUACUGGAUCUCAACCUUCUUCAGUGGCUGAGCGGAGCGCAGGUUACGUAUCCCGCUCUCUUUGAUCAGAUGAAGACCACCAACGCCACAUACCACGCGAAAGACCUAACCAUGCUUUUCACUCGUACCAAGCAAAAGCAAAUUGGACACUGUCUUCAAGACAUCAUUACCAUUGGAUAUAUCGAUACGAAAACCAUUGGAUGCGUGGCUUCCUCCGUUGUCCUUUAUAUAUCCCUCAUCUUCAUUAUUGGGGUUGUCUCCAUUCGGUUCGUCAUGGCCGUCAUGUUCCAAUGGUUCUUUUCCUGGAAACUUGGAAACUUCCCCCGAGAAACAUACGAGCAGCGUAUGCAGCGCUCGGCAGAGAUCGAAAACUGGACAAAUAAUAUUUAUAGCGCUGCUCCAAGUGAAUAUCGCCCUAAUGUCGGCAAGAACGGUCUAAGGGAGAAGAAGAAUAAUCGGAAGACAUUCCUUCCUAGCCACUCACGGUUCACGCCUGCUGAGAACAUGUUGAAGGGUGUGGGGGGCCGACCAAGCACUGCUUAUGGGAUGUUGGAUUCUUCAUCGUCGACCAACUGGAAGCGGUCAACGACGUAUGCUGCUUCUGCAAAGGGAGGAAAGGGGACACCUCCAGAAUCACCAAGUAGAAAUUCGAGGAGCAUGAUGUCGCUUGCGGAUGGUAUGGUCUCCCGUGGCGCGUUCGUCGAGAAUCCUUGCCCCUUCCCUCUCUAUGAUGUCGUCCCUCAACCGCCACCCGACUAUGAGCCGUUCAAUUUCCCCCUCGUCCACAACAUCUGUCUGGUGACCGCUUAUUCGGAGUCGGUGGAAGGUCUACGCACAACCCUGGACUCACUUGCUACUACGGAUUAUCCUAACAGCCACAAAGUCAUCCUGGUCAUUGCUGAUGGAAUGGUCAAGGGUGCUGGUAACGACUUGACGACGCCGGAAAUCUGUUUAACCAUGAUGAAGGAGUUUAUCAUCCCACCGCAGGAGGUCGAGCCCCACUCGUACGUUGCCAUUGCAGAUGGACAUAAGCGACAUAAUAUGGCCAAGGUCUAUGCUGGGUUUUAUUCUUAUGACGAUGCGACAACGGAGCGGUCGAAGCAACAGCGGGUUCCUAUGGUUCUUGUUGCCAAGGUCGGUAAUCCCCUUGAAGCGAAUGACGCCAAACCAGGAAAUCGUGGAAAGCGGGACAGCCAAAUCGUGCUCAUGGCGUUCUUGCAAAAGGUUAUGUUUGAUGAACGGAUGACGACGUUUGAGUACGAGUUCUUCAACUCCCUUUGGAGGGUGACGGGCGUUAGUCCAGAUCGGUAUGAGCUUGUGCUUUGUGUGGACGCCGAUACGAAGGUUUUCCCGGAUUCGUUGACGCGUAUGGUCAGCUGCAUGGUGCAUGAUGAGGAGAUUAUGGGUCUUUGUGGCGAGACGAAGAUUGCGAACAAGGCAGAGACGUUUGUGACCAUGAUGCAAGUCUUCGAAUACUACAUUUCCCACCAUAUGACCAAGGCUUUCGAAUCAAUGUUCGGCGGUGUAACGUGUUUGCCUGGUUGUUUCAGUAUGUAUCGCAUCAAGGCUCCUAAGGGUGAUACGGGAUAUUGGGUCCCAAUCCUCGCUAAUCCUGAUAUUGUGGAACACUACUCCGAAAACGUCGUCGACACUCUACACAAGAAGAACCUGCUUUUGCUAGGAGAGGAUCGUUAUCUGACCACACUCAUGCUGAAGACCUUUCCCAAGCGCAAGAAUGUCUUCUGUCCACAGGCCGUGUGUAAGACUGUGGUUCCCGAUACAUUCCGUGUCCUCCUUUCUCAGCGUCGUCGGUGGAUUAAUUCGACGAUCCACAAUUUGGCUGAACUCAUCCUGGUACGAGAUCUUUGUGGAACAUUCUGCUUCUCGAUGCAGUUUGUCGUGGGAAUGGAAUUGGCUGGAACUCUUGUCCUCCCUGCUGCUAUUGCCUUCACACUCUACCUUAUCAUCGACUCCAUCAUCCCCGGCGGCCCGAAUACAACUAUUCCCCUUAUUCUGCUUGCUAUUGUCCUCGGUCUGCCUGGUCUCCUCAUCGUCGUCACCUCUCGCAAGGUCGCUUAUAUCGGGUGGAUGCUUGUAUACCUCAUCUCUUUACCCAUUUGGAACGGUCUCCUUCCUGCGUAUGCGUUCUGGCAUUUUGACGACUUUUCAUGGGGUCAAACGCGAAUGGUCGCUGGAGACAAGGGAGAUGAUCAUGGGGAUAAGGAUGGAGAGUUUGACUCGACGCAUAUCGUUAUGAAGCGCUGGGCUGAGUUUGAACGGGAACGCCGGUGGAAGAAUGGGAGUCAGUCGAGAGACUCGGCUUCUUAUGAGAGAAAAACGGACCGUUAUUCCAUUGCAUCCAACUCGGAUAACACUCACCAGCCUCCAAAUACCUUUGACACCAACACUGUGGAUUCCAGCACCUACAAUAUACCUCAGCGUCCGCGUUACGAUAGUAAUGCCCUUCUGAUGCUUCCAGCACCCUUGGCGGUUAAUAGGAGUACUGGACUCGGGCCACCGAUGUCUUCCGCUCAAUCUGUGCGCUCAAGUGAUGACAAUUACUUUUCGGACACCGUUUCUGCAUCCAACCAACGGCUACUUCCUGUCAGCCCACAGAGUCCUGAUCAAUACAGUGGUGAAUCGCGCCUCUCGCCCACCUCACCUCAGAACGCCCGAUCUUCGCAGCAAUUCCCGUCAGAUCAGAACAAUCCUUUCCGGUCACAAACGACAUCUCCCACGAGCAACGAUGACUUUACUCCUGAUUAUGAUGAUACCGCUGGCGGACGCGGUGGUCGGGGAAUACGGUUGAAGGAUGGUGGACCUGUGCCAGGGCCUGAUGGCGUUCGAAGGGUGUCAAGACCGACAGGAAAACGGCCGACUUCACAGACACCCACACAAAACCGUUAUUCGCGCAGUUCUACCGUGUUCAGUCUGCCACCUGGGGCUGCUCCACCGCAGCACAAUGUGGGCAAUUGA